CGGUGAGCGAGGGCGCUUGAGAAUUGCAGGCAGACUGGGGAGAGGUCAGUCACAUUCUGCAGGCAACACCAACGGCAAGGAGACGAGAAAGCUCCAGUCACAGUCAUUCAUUCAGGUCAGCCUUUCACAGAGCGGGACCCAAUUGGAUCGAAACUGGGAUCUUAUAAAAGGAGAGAGAAAAACAAGAAGAAUAUAGCUAAUAAGAUUGGAAUUACAGGAACCUCACGGAACACCGGAUCUCAGCUAUCUUUUAUUCCGUGAAGGAACAUUCACACCAAUUGGGAUCUUUCAUCUGUGGAGAGGGGAGCGAGCGAGAGAAAGAAAGAUGCAGUUUUAAUAAUAGCUUUGAUUCCAUCUGAGAGCUGUCAUCACAACUCAGCGCAUCUCCCGAGCAAAGCUCCAAUAGGUUUUCCUAGUGAUUGGCACCAAGCCUGGAGAAUCAACUAUGACAAAGCUACUUGUGCGCAGUUUCAUGUUAUCAGUGGCACUUACUUUGAGAACUAUGUCAAGUUUUGCAUUGACUGAAAAUUAUGAUGAAAUUACAACUGAGCCAUCAUCUGUUGAGACUGCAGAAAACCUAAUAAGGCAGAAGAUAACGGAUGCACAGUUUAAAUGUUAUGAAAAAAUGGUCAGGGAUGCUUCAUAUAAUAAACCAGGUCUAUACUGUAACAGAACCUGGGAUGGAUGGUUAUGCUGGGAUGAUACACCAGCUGGAACACUAAGCAUGCAGAACUGCCCAAACCACUUUAAUGACUUUGAUGAAACUGAAAAAACUACAAAGUAUUGUGAUGAAACUGGGAACUGGUUUAAGCAUCCGGAAACCAAUCGAACUUGGUCCAACUACACACUUUGUAAUACAUUCCCAGAUUAUAAACUAAAGAGAACUAUGUCAAGUUUUGCAUUGACUGAAAAUUAUGAUGAAAUUACAACUGAGCCAUCAUCUGUUGAGACUGCAGAAAACCUAAUAAGGCAGAAGAUAAUGGAUGCACAGUUUAAAUGUUAUGAAAAAAUGGUCAGGGACGCUUCAUAUAAUAAACCAGGUCUAUACUGUAACAGAACCUGGGAUGGAUGGUUAUGCUGGGAUGAUACACCAGCUGGAACACUAAGCAUGCAGAACUGCCCAAACCACUUUAAUGACUUUGAUGAAACUGAAAAAGCUACAAAAUACUGUGAUGAAACUGGGAACUGGUUUAAACAUCCGGAAACCAAUCGAACUUGGUCCAACUAUACAUUUUGUAAUAAAUUCACAGAUUAUAAAAUAAAGAUGGCACGCAUCCUUUACUAUAUGGCUGUUGUGGGUCACACACUGUCAAUUAUAUCACUAUUGAUUUCCCUGGCUAUUUUCUUCUAUUUCAAAAGCCUCAGCUGUCAGAGGAUAACCCUCCAUAAGAAUUUAUUUUUCUCCUACGUGUUUAACUCAGUCUUUACACUUAUCCAACUUAUGGUGGUGGCCAAUGACAAGGAAGUGGUUUCACAAAAUCCUGUGGGAUGUAAAGUGCUGCACUUCUUCCUACAAUACAUGCUGGGCUGCAAUUACUUUUGGAUGCUUUGUGAAGGGAUCUACCUGCACACACUCAUCGUGGUGGCAGUGUUCGCUGAGGAACAACAUUUGCACUGGUAUUAUCUUCUAGGCUGGGGAUUUCCUUUAAUACCAGCCACCAUUCACGCAGUGGCCAGAAUGAAAUACUUUGAUGACAAUUGCUGGAUAAGCGUUGAAACACAUCUGCUUUACAUAGUACACGCUCCAAUUGUUGCAGCUCUAUUGGUGAACCUUUUCUUCUUGCUCAACAUAGUGCGUGUCCUGGUUACAAAGUUGAGAGAUACACACCGCACAGAAACCAAUAUGUACAUGAAGGCUGUCAGAGCAACUUUAAUACUUGUGCCACUGUUGGGAAUUCAGUUUGUCAUUAUUCCUUGGAGACCAGAAAACCGACUUGCUGGAGAAAUUUAUGACUAUAUUAUGCACAUAUUUGUGCAUUACCAGGGUUUGUUAGUGGCCACCAUAUUUUGCUACUUUAAUGGAGAGAUGCAAGCAGCUCUGAAGAGACAGUGGAUGCAAUAUAAAAUGCAGCUCGGCCAGCGACGGCGCGAGCACUGCUCCAUGCGUUCAACCUCGUACACAGCGACAUCUAUCACAGAGGUUCCUGUUUACCUGUACCAUCAGGACAGCAAUAGUGAACAUUUAAAUGGAAAAUAUGUGGAGGACUCUGAAAUCACUGCCCUGAAAUCAAAAGAGACGUUUGCUUGACUUGACUGAAAAUGAUCAACGACAAAAUAAAACACAUGAUUUGAAUUUUACCCUUUAAAACGUAGGCUCCGGUAUCAACUGAAGUUCACUAAAAUAAGCAACCAAACCCAGCAGGGGGAAAAAAGUCAACUCUCUUCUGGUAACUGCAGUCAAGAAUGGGGCCAGACAAGGCAGAUGUUGCAAUAUUUCACACAUUACUACUUUCAGAAACCUGACUGGAAAAUGGAGCUGUUAGUUGACGCAUGUGGCAUUUCCAUGGCUGCGAGUCAUUUAAAAAAUAAGGCCCCACUACAAAAGUGUGGCUGAGAAGAAUUCAAAGAGCUUACACCAGGAUCACAGGCUAUAUACAAAUGUCGUCAAGGUGGUGUGCAACUUAGCACGCUGGGACAGUGUGUAGUAAAUCUCAACCAAGCGCAUUGCUGAUUUCAAGCGGUUGAUUUAUAGCUUUGAAUUUUAUUAGUCGGCUUUGUUGUGCUCCUCAUAAAAAUCAAAUGGCCUUAAAGAUUUAGUUUAUGGCCCCAAAGCCAUUUACUGCGUUACUACUAGUUUGAAAUUGUUAUUACUUCACACACUUACAGGUGUUCCUAGUUCACAAGGUACAUCUUAUUUCUUUGUAUUGUGGCUUUUUACUGUGGAAACAAACUGCAUGCACAAAGGCACACUGACUGGAACUUUUCCACAAGGUGGUAAGUGGCUUCUGACCACACACAGUCAGGCCGCAGGACCUUGGGUGUCAAUUUCCCUAUGGCAGCCAAAUAAGAGGCCACUGCUGAGACCCCAGACCCUCCUGCCUUCUAGAGGUGUCAAUCAGAGGGCCAGCAGCUCAGCAACCUUGGCAACCCCAAGGGAGGGAGUUGCUGCUGAGGCUGCAAGACAAAGAGGAUAUCUUCAUGCUGAGGUGCCCUCAAAAGCAAGAUAGAUUUUUUUUGUAUUUACCAUGCCAGGGCCAGGGAGGCAGACACCAGCGAUUAGGGGGGAGGUGCAACUUCCAGCAGUAGUGCAUUGCUGCAGGGUCAGCUGUUGCCUCCAAGAAUCCCUCUGUGGGCCAUGGAGCAGCCAUAAAAGAGGGUCUCCCCUCUCCCGGGAACCCAUUCAGAAGUCGCCAGGGUUGCCCUAUGAUGUCUGUCAUCCAACUGCAAGAGGUUGACCCCUCUUUCUGCUGCCCCCAACUCUGCCCUCUAGAGAAGACCUCUGUAACUUUUCAGCUCUGAUCAAAUGGCCGGAAUACUGGUAUUUUCUUUUCUGGAUGUCACUUUUUAGAGUUUUUUUUGUUCUUGCAAUUUCAAGCAUUGUUCUUCAUUGAUCUUAUGUUCUGUAUCUGGAAUUUUGAGCAUACAUCUUAGCAUCCAUAUUUCAAAGGUCUCUAUUUUCUUCUACAGAUCUUUACUGAUUGUCCAGAUUUCUGAGUUAUACAGGAAAGUAGAUAGAAUGUAGCAUCUUCUGAGUUAUUUCCUUGAAACAUGCUUGGAUUUUCUUGUUAAUACAUUUUUCAUCUUCACAAAAUUAUUUCUGGCUAUCUCUAUCCUCCUUCAAAUUUUUGGCGUCACAUCCACCAUCUUCUGUUUUCGUUGCCCUAAAUGGACAAACUUACCUAAUUGUUCCAGUGUGACACCAUCCACUCUAAUCUUCACUUUGGUUUCUUCUAAUGUAUUUCUUCCAACUACCUUAGUUUUCGUCUUUUGGCGUUCAUAUUCAAUCCAUAUUCUAAAUUUGAUCUACAAUAUUUUGUAGGGCCUCUUCUGAUUUUGCAUGUAGCGCUGUGUCAUCAGCACAUCACAAGCUUGUUAUGUUCUUGCCUCUAGUUUUUAUCCCUGAGUUUCCCACAUCUGAGAAAAUCCAGUGGUGGUGGGAAGACUGCUGUGACUGGGGAGAUGCCGCAGUGGAAUUGGCCGCUCAGAUGCCAUUGCCAGCGAGGGGGAGUACCUAGAUGUAGCACCCGAACACGUAAGCUUAAGGCACCUUAGGCAAGCUAUGGGUUUCUCACUGGUGGUUUUAUGUUGCCCUGCUGUUAGUUGAUGACAAGUUGGUGUGAUGCAUAACACCCCUGAGUCAGCAGGUUGUGGGCCAAGUUCCUCUCCAGGACUUGAACACAAAAGGCGAGGCCGACACUUCACAACAGUACUGAGGGAGCACUUCACUGACAGGCUGCCGUCUUUUGGAUGUGACAUUAAACCAGAGCCCUGUCUGCUCUCUGAGAUGGCUAUAAAAGAUAUCAUGCCACUAUUAUGAAAAAGAGAGGGGAGUUACCCAGAGUGUCCUGGCCAAUAUUCAUCACAAAAACAGAUUAUCUGGCCAUUAUCACAUAGCUGUUUGUAGAAGCUUGCUGGGUGCAAAUAAUCUGCAGUGUUUCCUAUAGCAGUACAAUAUACUUCAGAAGUACAUGUUUGAAGGCAUUAAGGCACUUGUACAAAUGCAAGUUUUUUUUUAAUAAACAUAUAAGUGGCUUCAUUGCCAUUUUGAUCCCAGCAAGAUAACAAAUAGCAUCACUAUUGCAGCUGUCUGAGUGCAGUGAACUAUAGCAAGAAGCAGCAUCUUGGCAUUGCAAGGUGAAGAACCAAACCAGGCAAAAAGGCAAGGCUGAGAAAUUUCUUCUAAGUUAGUUCUUGAGUCCUGAGUAAUCUUGUCUAAGCUAAUAGCUCUAAACUUUGUCCAUGUUUUUCACUGAAAAUUUAUCACAGUGUACUUCACUAGCCUUGCAAAAAUGGUCAGCCCUCCCCACCUAGAAAUAUGUUUUAACUAACUUCCUGGUGAAAAAAAAAGCUGAGAAUUAUAACAAACACGAUGAAUUCCCAGACUCCAGGCCCAUUUGAUAAAAGAGUUCUUUGUCUGAAAGGCAUUUUUAACUAAUAGAAAUAUCUUGGUGUUAUUAUACAGCGAUGAGACCCAACUGUAGUCUGGAAAUCUUAACUGGACAUAAGUAAGUCGUUUGGUAGUACAGAACUUGAGUAUUACUGAAAAAAGAGACAUGCUGAAGCUUUUCAUCUUGCCCUCAU